AUGGACGCAGUACCGCUGGGGCCGGCACCCAUCCCAAAGCAGUUUGUCCUCUGUUUUGAUGGUACUGGUAAUAAGUUUUGCGGCGAUGAAUCAGACAGCAAUGUGCUCAAGAUCUUCCGAGUGAGUCGUCCCCCAGGCCAUCGCAGUAAGAGUCACCAGUACCAUUAUUACCAGCCAGGUAUUGGCACCUACGUGACAUCGAACUCCUUUUCCAGUAAUGGGCGAUUCCACCGGAUCAAGUCGGCCUACCUGAAAGCUAAGGACUCCGCCAUUUACUUUAUUGGUUUCAGUCGCGGUGCUUAUAUUGCGCGCUUCCUGGCGGAGAUGCUUGAUUUUAUCGGCUUACUUGAAGCGGGAAAUGAGGAGCUGACUAGGUUCGCAUGGAAGACCUUCGCCAAAUGGCAACAGCGUCGACGCGGGGAUAGUGAAGAGGAAAAGGAGGAGAAGAAAAACCUGUUCCGAUUCAUGAAGGCUUUCCGUGAAACAUUUAGCAGACCCAUCAGUCGUAUCAAAUUCAUGGGUCUAUUCGACACGGUCAACAGCGUGCCGAGGUUCGAGUCAGCCUGGAUGCAGAGAAGCAAAUUCCCAUACACUGCUCGCAGCUCUGCCAGGGUUAUCCGACAUGCCGUAGGCAUUGACGAACGACGAGCCAAAUUUCGACAGGAUCUCAUCUCCGAGGUCAAACCAUGGUCCAUGAAAAGGAGAGGUCCUCAUCGCUGGCAGCGACACCUGCAUCACUUCCGUCAUGAGGAGGAUCCUGAGUCAGAGAAACCGAAUGGUCUACCAUCCAUUGUCGUGAACGACGAGGCCAAGGAGGAGACUGGGCCGCAAGACGCACCAGGCCGCCAGGGCCAGGAGGAAACUGAAUCCGUCUACCGCAGUGCAGAUGGGUCGCGUGCCGGAAGCAUUCGCAGUGCACAUCAUUAUCGUUCAUCCUUACCGUUGAAGAGAAAGAAACUCGGAUUGGCUGUACCUAUGAUGAACCCAUCUACAGAAGAUUUAGCAUCGGUCAAGAGUGGUAACUCGAUGCUUUCCCUUCCGGUACCGGAAGCAGGAAGUCGGGCUCCUAGCGAGUACGAUGAAGAUGACGAAGAUGAAAGGCAUCAGGACAUUCAAGAGGUCUGGUUCCCGGGCGGACACGCGGACAUCGGAGGAGGUUGGAAACUUGGCGAAGGCGAAGAAUGGCCUCUUAGUCAUGCACCACUGGUUUGGAUGGUACACGAGGCACAGCGCGCGGGCCUUCAGUUUGACCCGCGCAAGCUCAAACAGUUCGAAUGCUGCGAGGAGUAUGAUGGGGAGAUGUCGCCUUUGCAUGAGCAUCUCCAUUGGGAGCAGAACAUGGAUAUGUGCCAAGAUCCCAGCCAUGGAGAAGAUAAUGAUGAGCACAUGAGAUUCGCCCGAAAGGAGGACGAACAGAACGUGUCUAAAUCCAAGCGCAGAUUUUUGGAAGCACUGUACGAGUCCAGCGCGAAAGGACUCUUGCAUGAUUGCUUGGCUUACGGCAAUGGGCUGCCGUUCACGUCAGUGUUGUCGUGGCGGAUCAUGGAGUAUCUUCCAUUCCGUCGCAUGGACCUGCAGGACGACGGCUCUUGGAAGCCGAUCCGGUGGCCUCUUCCCUGUGGAGAGGUGCGAGAUAUUCCCAAGGAUGCUCAAAUCCAUGUCUCAGCCAUCCGCCGCAUGAAGGCCAAUCCCGAGUACCGACCGGGCAACCUAAUCGUCGGCGGGGGCGGACGCGGUGUCAAACGAGCUCCAGAGGAGUAUGGCAUUGGAGAAUGGGUAGUUAAAGACCACGAAGGGGAUCCUGUACGCGAAGUGUACGUCCGCAAGAGCGUGUCGAAGAUGUGCAAAGAGGCACAUGCCUGAUCAAGGAUCCAAAAUCGUAGUCUACCGCAUCGCUCACGUCGUUCCAUUCUCAUGAUAGUCCCUCCCAUUUCUAAUAGUUGUCAAGGUGUUAGAUUGGAUGAUCACUCUCUGAUAUUCAGGAUGUUGGCUAAUGUCAUAAUUCAUAAUACUUACUUACUUCUUACAUCAGCUAGCUGUGUAUGCGCCGAGUGCUUAUUACUGAGUAGUAGUU